GUCAACAGUUUCCUCUUCCUCAUAACAACAGCUGGCAGCAGCUGAAGAUGGCCGCCGCGACCGUAGCGGGGCUCGACGCCCACAGAAUGGAGGAAAAGAAGUGGGAAUACUUCUCCUCCAUCAACUCCAUGGCCAAGAAGAUAAUGCAGGAGCGGGAGAAGGUGAAGGAGCAGCACGGCCCCUCGUGGGAGAAGAUGACGCCCCAGGAGCAGGACGCCGCCAUCGACAACUGGAUGAUGGAUCCGCACAUCCGAGCUCGCUACGCGAUGCACAGAGUCGACCGCGACGAAGUAGUGUGUUACCCGAAACUGCUCAUCCAGACCGGCCAGAAGAUCGUUCACUUCGGAGAUGAGGAUAUUACCUGGCAAGAUGAGCACUCUGCACCUUUCUCAUGGGAAACCAAGAGCCAGUUGGACGUCAGCUUGACAUCAGGCUCUGCAGACCAGGGAGUCUCAGCCCCACAGGCAGAGUCAAAGCCGGUGAAGGCUCCUCACUCCGGCCAGAUUGGCAAGACUACACCUGGAACCAAGGUGAGUGUCAGCGAGCCCCGGAGGCCGGAGGAGGAGUCUUCUUUCUGGAAGAUCAGCGCUGAGAGGUCGCGGUUGGAGGGGGAGAAGGCUGACUUCCAGUCCCUCACCCCCAGCCAGAUUAAAUCCAUCGAGAAGGGAGAGAAAUCCCUCCCUUCAUACCUCCGACAAGACACCGUCAAGGAGCCCGGCGCAGCAGAAAGCCACCCUCCCGCUCCCUCCAAGUCCACCAAGCAGCGAGCACCCAAACCUCCUGCACCACAGCCCCCUGCUCCUGUCGUCGUGAGCGCAACACCAGCGUCCAUCUCCAUCUCGCCAAACCCGCCUCCACCCGUCAGCGUGUCCUCAACCGUUGCGGGGUGGGAGCGAUCUCAGAGCACCCUGCCGUCCGUGAGCAACACCCUGGACGAAAUGUUCUCCUCCAGUAUGAUGUCCAAGCCUCCCAGUGUGUCCACCAGUGUGGAGAAGGAGAAAGAGGAGGACAGUUCACUCAAUGAUGGCAGCCCCACGUUUUCCCAGUUCAACACAAGCAGCAACAUCCUGAAGACAGGGUUUGACUUUCUGGACAACUGGUAAAUGACGGCUGAGGCCAUUCACCGCCCUGAAUGAAUCAUCUGCAUCCCCUCUCUGACAGACCACACUGCCAUGACUACCGACAUCCACGUCAAGUUUUCUUUUAAUCACCCUCAGUGGCUUGUUAUCAUUAUCUCACCGUGUGCUGGUACUUUAUCCCCACUAGAAGAGCUGCUUCUCCUCUCUCUGACAAUGACACAAACAAAGCCUGGAACAGAGCUGUCACUGCGCAUCCACACUGUGAUCAGCUUGGUUAACGCACAGUUUUCAUUGGUUUCUAGUGACUGCAUCAUCACAAACUUAUGAAAUGGACCCACUUCAUGUCACUGGGCAGCGUCUUGGUAGUGUGACUGUCCGUAGGGUCAAACAGGUCACCCCCCACCUUGAGCUGAUGCCACUAGGCCCAUAUAUCUGGUGACUGUAGUCACUGUUGACCAUGUUGUUUACAGUGUGAAUACACAGUUAAGGUGGUACGCCUCCACUUGUAACUAAAAGCUGUACGUUGUUGGUUUUGUUUAUGUUUUGUUACUGUAUGAAGAGUUUUAUUAGUGCUUUUUAUUUAUGCUGAUGUAUUCCUAUGAAGCUCAAAGCUGCAGUCAGGCCCACAUACUACUACAUACCUACAUUUACAACAUUCCUUUUCCUUAUGGAAUUCCUGGAACGUCAUGGAAAAUAAGACGAAAGCAGAAUGUUCCAUUGCAUCACUUUGCAGGAAUAUCUCAGAACACAAUUUUAACUUUUGCAAAGCAUGGGUGGUUUUCAUCUAAGUAGCAACAAGUCGGACUGUUGUCGUCCUCUGGAAAAUAAGCAAACAGCAGGGAAGAGCAGCUAUGGAAGUGCUGAAACACUAUCACGGAAACUCACGGAUUGUGUGUCCGGAGCCAUGGGAACGCGUUACAUGUCCUGUGUGGCCGUUAGUCCUUAGCAACACUUCCGCACCGCCUCGCUUCCCAGUGCUGAGAAACACUAGUGUGCAUUUGUAACACACACACACAGGUUGUGUUGAUGGUGAACAGCCAGGCACGUAGUGAUUUGUACCUUUUGUGUUAUAGAGUUUACUGACUAGAGUACUAUUUUACUGACUUUUAUAUUUAUCUGCCUAUUGUAUCUUCUGCUAUACAUAUAUAUUGCACUCAUACAUUUUGAGGUCACGGAUUAGGACGUAUAAAUAAAUCCAAAGUCAAAACCA